AUGGUUUGUUUCUUAAUUCUACCCAUGAAUUGCAAAUUAAACAAUUCACUGGAAAUGCCUGUCAUUGGUCUGGGAACCUGGCAAUUAACCGAUAAAAAGGUUUUGACUAAAGCCAUAAACACAGCUAUUGAUUCAAACUACAGGCAUAUUGAUACAGCCGCCAUUUAUAACAAUGAAGAUACUAUCGGUGAAAUUUUAGAAGAUCUAUUCGAAAACAAUGUAGUCAAGAGAGAAGAACUGUUCAUAACUUCUAAAUUGUGGAAUUCAGACCAUGAAGAUGUUCGAAAUGCCUGUGAAACUUCUUUGAAAAAACUUAAAUUGGACUACCUUGAUUUGUAUUUAAUUCAUUGGCCUGUAAGCUCAAUUGGGGAGUUUAAUCUAAAAGAUGUUUGGACAGCCAUGGAAUCAUUAGUAAUUGAAAGAAAGGUUAAAUCGAUUGGUGUUGCCAAUUUCGGGAUCAAAAACCUGACUCAUCUACUUUCAUUCUGUACAAUUAAGCCGGUUGUAAACCAAAUAGAAUUCCAUCCGUAUUUACCUCAAAGGGAGAUUAGAUCAUUCUGUUCAAAGCAUGACAUUUUAUGUAAUUAUUAUGAGGCUUGA